UUACGUGAGCAACGUCAACAACGGCCGGUAGUAAGCAAAUUUGUGCAAAAAUGCAAUAGGAAUCGAAAUAGCAUAAGUUGUAUGAAAACUAAGCAAAUCGAGUGCUUUAUUUAAAUUUUCUAAAAUGUAUUGUGCAUUCUCAAAUGAAAAUUUCAGUGCGUAAGGAAUGUGAUCUUGUUUUCGUCCUUUAGGUCGUAUGGAGAAGAAAAAUAGAAGGAAAAUGAAAACUGACAAGAUUGAAAAGUUUAUACCCGGAGUAAAAUGGAUCAAUGGCUAUUCAAUGCAAUUUGCCAUUUCUGAUUUGAUAGCCGGUAUUACAGUUGGCUUGACUAUCUUGCCACAAGCAUUAGCCUACUCAACUUUGGCCGGGCUAGAACCACAGUAUGGUCUGUAUUCAUCUUUCAUUGGUGGAUUUAUUUAUGCGCUUGUUGGAGGAUGCCCCGAAGUUAAUAUAGGGCCCACAGCUCUCUUAGCGUUGAUGACAAGUAGACAUACAGGACUCGGAGCUAGGUCGGGCCCAGAUUAUGCAAUACUAUUAUGUCUUUUAGCUGGAAUUGUAGAGUUUUUAAUGGCUUGCCUUAAAUUGGGUGCCUUAGUUGAUCUUAUAUCGUUACCUGUUACUGUUGGAUUCACCUCUGCCACAGCAGUUAUCAUUGGUACCUCACAAAUCAAGGGUUUACUCGGACUCAAAGGUGGUUCAGGUGCGUCGUUCCUCGAUACAAUCGGAUCAGUAUUCUCCAAUAUUGAUAAAGUCCGAAUACCUGACUUUACAUUAGGAAUAGCAUCAAUCAUAGUAUUAUUAGCAUUAAGGAAAUUGAAGUCCUUCUCCUUCGACUCUAACAAGAAAGUAUAUAAGAUCAUAAACGGUUGUAUUUGGACAAUAUCAACUGCAAGAAAUGCUCUAUUAGUUCUUAUCACAAGCUGUAUCGCUUACUCCGCACAACAAUCGGGACCACAGCCAUUCAUACUAACCGGCUCUGUGAAAAGCGGGUUUCCUCGAAUUGGUUUACCAAACUUCGAAACGGAUAUUCCCGGCGCAAAUGGAACGCUAGUACACCAAACUUUCCCAGACAUGGUCGCGGAACUGGGUCCAUCUAUAGUCGUUGUUCCUAUCAUCGCAGUUUUAGGAAAUGUAGCAAUCUCCAAAGCAUUCGGAGGCGCUGGUUUGAACCCAACAAAGGAACUUAUCGCCCUUUCACUGAGCAAUAUUGUCGGCUCUCUAUUUUCAUCGUUCCCGGUAACAGGAUCCUUCUCACGAAGUGCAGUCAAUCACGCCAGUGGUGUUCGCACCCCCAUCGGUGGCAUUUAUACUGGCGUUCUUGUCUUACUAGCGGUUGGCAUUUUGACACCCUAUUUUCACUACAUUCCUAAGGCUGCGUUGAGUGCCGUAAUUAUUUCGGCCGUGAUCUUCAUGAUAGAAUAUGAGGUGGUUAAACCGCUUUGGAAAUGCAGCAGACGCGAAUUAUUACCAGGCGCAGUGACGUUUAUUUUGAGUUUAUGUUUAGGUGUGGAAAUUGGGCUCUCAGCUGGAGUUGCGACGGAUUUAGCUUUUCUUAUUCAUCGCUCUGCCAGACCUAUUCUGUCUGUGGCUAAAUCACAGACCCAUUCUGGGCUCGAAUAUGUACUAAUCAGCCCCAAACACAGCCUUAUAUAUUUUCCGGCUAUAGAAUGGGUACGAUCCGGGGUUUCAAAAGCUGUUCGCGAAUAUGGAAUGAUACCUGUGGUGAUGGAUUGCAGAAAUUUGAAUGAAUUUGAUUUUACUGCUGCACGAGGUAUGGGCUCGUUGAGUAAGGACUUAUCUGCAAUGGGCGUUCGUUUUUUCCUACUUGGUGCCGGCUCAGCAAUAAAAAUGGUUCUGAAAGAAGCAACAGGUGAUUCGAUUUGUACUUUGGAGACAGUUGAUGAAUUGGAGAGUUUCGCUCCGAACGGAGACGAUAACGAACUGAAAGAGGUUGUGGCGCCGCUGCUGAAAAACCGCAAUAAUCAUAAAGCUGAAAAGCGAAAAUAAGUCUGAACAUCGAAAAUUAUUUAUUCAUUUUAACUAUAGAGUAUUUCCUAAAUGUUCAGAUUUUAUUUAUAUUGUGAAUAUGUUAUAGCCAAUUCGCUGAUUGAAAGAGGAAGUUGAUUAUCAACAAUCAUAGAAGACAUAGAGUAGCAUAUUUCUAGAAAUUAGCAAAAAUUUCCAGUGAUUUUGUACAUUUCGAAAUUGAUCGGUAUUAUUUUAUCACUUAAUAUUUAAUUUACACUGUGUACUUAGAGGUAACCUUAGAUAGUAUAA